AUGGCUGGUGACCCCUCGAAACGUAAUCAAAAUCUGUAUUACGCAUACCACCAAGAGCCAGGUCACACCACCGAUGAUUACAGGAAUCUAAAAAACCAUUUGGACCGGCUUGUCCGAGAAGGGAAGUUGAGGCAUCUGUUACAUCGCCCUGAGGGAUGGCAGGAACAGUCAAAUAUCAAAACCAGACAAAGUACAUUGAGGCCACCCAUUGACACAAUAAAUAUCAUACUUGCCGCACCUGGAAGAACCGGUUCCAACCCUUUCAGAGUAAUGUCAGUGGGCAGGUUCCCGGCUGAACCGGACGACAGGGAAUCCAAGAAAGCUAGAGUAAUUGUCAUGCCCUUAAUCAGGUUCUCGGAUGAGGACAAACAAGGAACUCUUCAACCCCACGAUGAUGCCCUAGUCGUCACGCUCAGAAUUGGAGGUUAUGACGUGAAAAAAGUGCUGGUUGAUCAAGGCAGCGCCGUGGAAGUAAUGUAUCCUGACUUGUAUAAAGGAUUGAACCUGAAACCAGAGGACCUGUCGGCAUACAACUCCCAUUUGGUCAGUUUUGAAGGAAAAAUCGUCACCCCGAAAGGCAUGAUUAGGCUGCCUAUACAAACAAAUUCAGACGUGAUGGAGGUAGACUUCAUUGUAGUAGAUGCUUACUCCCCCUACAUGGCCAUCGUAGCCCGACCGUGGCUUCAUGCACUAAGAGCUGUGUCAUCAACUUUACACCAAAAAGUGAAGUAUCCGUCAGGAGGUCGAGUGAAAGAAGUAGUUGGGAACCAAGGGAUGGCCAGGCAAUGCAUGGUGUCGGCAAUCUCACGACAACCAAAUAGUGAACCCCCCACCUCAGCCGAGAACAGCUUAUAG